ACCCGGCUGGGGGCGCGGGCGAGGGCGGUGUCCAGAAAGGGGGCCCGCAAGUUCGAGGAGCACUUCCUCUCCUUUGCGCCCCACCUCAGUCCUAGCUCCCCCUGGCCGUCCAGGGUCCCUGGAAAUUGGGCUCCUGGUUUGGAUCGCGCUCCGAGGCCAUUCUGGGAUGCUCGGCAGCUGGCAGCGCCGUCGCGACCCCUGCUGCGUCCUGCCAAGGCCCCUGUGCCUGGCUUUCCGCAGCUCCCUGCACCUUCCUUAGGACUCAGAACUGGGGCCUAGCGUGCCCUCCUGCGGGAAGACCUUUCCUGCCUCCUCUACUGCCGUUCAUCCAGCCUCCAGAUCUCUGGGCAGGAAAGGCAGCGCGGAACCGCCCUGGACUUAAAGAGCUAAGCCUUCUCUGUCCCCUCGUCCCAACACACACAGCAGAGGGCGGAGGUCCAGAGAAAGUCCCACAAAGCUAUUCGGGACUCAGCGACGGCGAGUGCUAGGCAUCAGUGCAUUUACCCCCUCAGAUCACCUCCUGUGGGAGGCAGCCAGGGUUUGCACUGUGACCCUGUUCCGUGGGGAAACUGAGACCCAGGCUGGUUAUAAUAACCAGGCCCCAUUGCACUUCCCCCACCUCCCAUCAUGUAGCUCUGGGAAAGCUCGGGUCGGGUCGCUGUGACAGCGAGGUGAUCCCCGCCUCUCUGCCCUGCAGACAUGUCCUUCCGAAAAGUCGUGCGGCAGAGCAAAUUCCGGCAUGUGUUCGGGCAGCCAGUCAAGAAUGACCAGUGCUAUGAGGACAUUCGAGUGUCCCGUGUUACCUGGGACAGCACUUUCUGCGCAGUGAACUCCAAAUUCCUGGCAGUGAUUAUAGAGGCCAGCGGUGGUGGAGCCUUCCUGGUGCUCCCCCUAAACAAGACGGGCCGCAUUGACAAGGCCUAUCCGACAGUGUGUGGGCACACUGGACCUGUCCUGGACAUCGACUGGUGUCCCCACAAUGAUGAAGUCAUUGCCAGUGGCUCAGAGGACUGCACAGUCAUGGUGUGGCAGAUCCCAGAGAAUGGUCUGGUUUCCCCACUGACAGAGCCAGUGGUGGUACUGGAGGGGCACACCAAGCGUGUGGGUAUCAUCACCUGGCACCCCACUGCCCGAAAUGUGCUACUCAGUGCAGGCUGUGACAAUGUGGUGCUCAUCUGGAAUGUGGGCACUGCAGAGGAGCUGUACCGCCUGGACACGUUGCAUCCUGACCUCAUCUACAAUGUUAGCUGGAACCGCAAUGGGAGCCUCUUCUGCACGGCAUGCAAGGACAAGAGCGUGCGCAUCGUCGACCCCCGCCGUGGCACCCUGGUGGCAGAGCGGGAGAAAGCCCAUGAGGGGGCCCGGCCCAUGCGGGCCAUCUUCCUGGCAGAUGGCAAGGUGUUCACCACAGGCUUCAGCCGUAUGAGUGAGCGGCAGUUGGCACUCUGGGACCCAGAAAACCUCGAGGAGCCUAUGGCCCUGCAGGAGCUAGAUUCAAGCAAUGGGGCUCUGCUUCCCUUCUACGAUCCUGACACCAGCAUGGUCUACGUUUGUGGCAAGGGUGACUCCAGCAUCCGGUACUUUGAGAUCACUGAUGAACCCCCCUACAUCCACUUCCUGAACACAUUCACCAGCAAGGAGCCCCAGAGGGGCAUGGGCAGCAUGCCCAAGAGGGGCUUGGAGGUCAGCAAGUGUGAGAUUGCCCGGUUCUACAAACUGCAUGAGCGGAAAUGUGAGCCCAUUGUCAUGACUGUGCCAAGAAAGUCCGACCUCUUCCAGGAUGAUCUGUAUCCUGACACAGCUGGGCCUGAGGCAGCCCUGGAGGCUGAGGAGUGGGUGAGCGGGCAGGAUGCUGACCCCAUCCUCAUUUCACUGCGGGAAGCUUACGUGCCCAGCAAACAGCGAGACCUGAAACUCAGCCGACGCAACGUCUUAUCUGACAGCCGGCUGGCCAGCUCCAGUCGUCUGGGAGCCUCCACUUCUGCUGCCACCACCACCGAUGCCUCCCCCAGUGGCAGCCUCACAGGGGCUGGGGAGGCUGGGAAGCUAGAGGAGGUCAUGCAGGAGCUGCGGGCAUUGAGGAUACUGGUCAAAGAGCAAGGGGAGCGCAUCGGCCGCCUGGAGGAGCAGCUUGGCCGCAUGGAGAAUGGGGAUGCAUAGGGCCACGGCCCUGGGCCCACCCCCUCACUGCAUCCCCCUCCUUCAUCCCCUCCUCACUCAGCUUCUGCUGGCAGGUCACACCAGGCCACUGGCUGCCGAGCAAGGGUCUCUGUGGCAGAUCAGGGACCAGUUUGUACUUGACCAGGCCUGGGGCCCAAGUUGGAGCCACCACCUAGCUCUGGUCAUUGUUACUAUGGAGGAUUUUUACACCAAGGCAAGCUCACUUGGACUCUGAGGGACCAUUUCCCUCCCACACCCAACUCUCUCUUCCUCCCCAGAAGAAAUGGCAGGGAUGAACCCUAUAUUUUUCAUUCCAAAUAAAAUUUUCUUUCUAAAA